AUGAAACGCACGCUUCUCAUAUCUGGCAAGCGGGCUAACUUCACAACUCUUGCUCUGGAUGUCAAUAAGAAAGACUUGAGCAUUGUCGCUGAUUAUCCAGGGCCUUUCAAUGUCUCCUGGGUCGAGCCCUCGUCUUCGCAUGGUGACGUUGAUCGCCUAGUUGGGCUGUCCGAGGGCGACGAUUCCGGUCUUCUGUACACUUUCGAAAUCGACCACGCGCAAAAGAUUUGCAAUAUCACAAGCGAAAAGUCGACUACGGGAGCUCCUGCCCACUUCAUCACUUUACGCGACAGAUCUGCUUUGGCACUCAGCACCGUGCUCGAAGAUAGAAGGGGUCUGCUAUACUGUCCAGACUUAGGGUCGGACCGUGUCUGGAUCUUCCGUCGCGAGAAGACGAAACUGGAAGUCUGUGGCUGGCUUCAAUGUCCUCCUGGGACGGGCGCUCGACAUGCCGUGCUCACACCUGAUGAAAAACUAAUGUAUGUCAUCGGAGAACUCUCGCACACUGUUGUUGCCUUUGACUUGUCGACUUCUCCUGCCGAAGACAUUCAGCCCAUUGACGGGUUCGCACCAAACGUCGUCCCGCCAAGUGUUGAUCCGGGCCAUCAAUUGAUGAUGGACUCCGCCGAAAUUUGCAUCCAUCCGAACAUCCCAAACGUAUUGUAUGUCAGCAAUAGGUGGGAAAGACACAUUGCAGAGCUCGAACCUCAUCUCGAAAACGUCCCUAAGGAGCUGCCGCCGGGGGAUGCUAUCGCCAUCGUCCUACUGUCAGAUGACGGAAAGAAAGUACAAGAUACCAGACACGUGCGAACCAAUCUUGAUACAAUCCGCGGUAUGCGACUCAGUGAUGACGGGAGCUAUGUCGUCGUGUGUGGGCAAGAGGGCGGCGGGGUUGAGGUCUACGGUAUCGGUGGGGAUAGAGGCGAAGAGGAGAGGUUAGUGUAG